CGAAGCAAAGAUAACCCACCCAGACAAGCAACCAAGAAAAUCCCCCCAAUGGAUCAUCGCCUCGUGGCCGCUCUCCUCGUCCUCCUGGGCCUCCUCCUCUCCCCGGCGCCGGCAGCGGCGGCCGCGGGGGACGAGGAGCCCCUGAUCCGGCAGGUCGUCGGCGGCGCCGACCCCCUCGACAACGACCUGGAGCUCGACUCGCAGUUCCUCGGCUUCGUGCAGCGGUUCGGGAAGACCUACAGGGAUGCGGAGGAGCACGCGCACCGGCUCUCCGUCUUCAAGGCCAACCUCCGCCGCGCGCGCCGGCACCAGAUGCUCGACCCGUCCGCCGAGCACGGGGUCACCAAGUUCUCCGACCUCACCCCGGCCGAGUUCCGCCGGACCUUCCUGGGCCUCAAGACGACCCGGCGGUCGUUCCUGCGGGAGAUGGCCGGGUCGGCGCACGACGCGCCCGUCCUCCCCACCGACGGCCUCCCCGAGGACUUCGACUGGAGGGACCACGGCGCCGUCGGCCCCGUCAAGAACCAGGGUUCGUGCGGGUCGUGCUGGUCGUUCAGCGCGUCCGGGGCGUUGGAGGGAGCCAACUACCUGGCCACGGGCAAGAUGGAGGUGCUCUCCGAGCAGCAGCUGGUCGACUGCGACCAUGAGUGCGACCCAGCAGAACCUGAUUCAUGCAAUGCUGGAUGCAAUGGUGGGUUGAUGACUUCAGCCUUUAGCUAUCUGUUGAAAUCUGGUGGCCUUGAGAGAGAAAAGGAUUACCCUUACACCGGGAAGGACGGUACCUGCAAAUUUGAGAAGUCCAAGAUUGCUGCUUCAGUUCAAAACUUCAGCGUUGUCGCUGUUGAUGAAGAACAGAUUGCUGCUAACCUUGUGAAAUAUGGACCGCUGGCCAUCGGUAUCAACGCCGCAUACAUGCAGACAUACAUCGGCGGAGUGUCAUGCCCAUACAUCUGCGGCAGACACCUCGACCACGGUGUCCUUCUCGUCGGCUACGGGGCGUCUGGCUUCGCGCCUUCCCGCUUCAAGGAGAAGCCCUACUGGAUCAUCAAGAACUCAUGGGGCGAGAACUGGGGGGACAAGGGUUACUACAAGAUCUGCAGGGGCUCGAACGUGCGCAACAAGUGUGGCGUCGACUCCAUGGUCUCCACGGUGUCCGCCACUCACGCCUCCAAGGACGAGUAGGCUCUGGUCUGAUCUGAUCUGAUCGGCGGCCUUCCUGGUGUCGAUCUUGGUUUCGGUGUGUGUAUCGCUAGAAAGAAACUUUAAUACGUAGUAGUCGGCUAGGCUCCAUCGUCGUUGUGGUAUCAGCAGCGAAGAUGCGAAGUCGCAAUAGAAUGCUUGCUGUAUAACUUGUGCAUUUGCUAAAUUUGCUACGCCAUGCAUGUCUGCCACACGCUAUUUGGAUGUGGCUAAAGAACUCCUGAAUAAUUCUGUACAUAAUUUGUAUUGCUUCCAUCAGAAUGGUGUUCCGUCUUUGUUGGCUUUGCU